AUGCAAAAUAAUAAAUCUGGCUCUUCUUUGGGCCAGAAGAAGCAAAGCGGGGAAAGGGGCUUAAUGGACAUUUCCGUUUCCAAAAUCCGGAAGAGCAUAGCCCACAUGCUGCACCAAAGCAAGCAGCAGCAGCAGCAGCAGCAGCAGCAGCAGCAGCAGCAGCAGCAGCAGCAGCAGGCCGCGUCAGCAGCAAACUCGCCCCGCCCCUCCGACAUUUCCCCCUCAGCUUCUCUCCUCUCCUCCCCCCGCUCGCAGCAAUUCCUCAUCAGCAGCUGCAGCAGCAGCAGCAGCAAAAAGGAAUUCCGCUUUGCUGCAGACCCAAAGGGGCCCCCGGGGGGGCCCCCCGGGGGGCCCCCAGGGGGGCCCCCUGAGGGGGGCCCCCGGGAAAAUGGGAGGGAAGGUGGGGUGUAUGUACACUCCAGCAGCUCAGGGAGCUCUUCAGAAUCUGGAGGUUCUUUUAUUGAUUUGGAUUUGAGUAAUGAAGCCGGCAGCAGCAGCAGCAGCAGCAGAGGAGGCAGCAACUCAACUGCUGCUGCUGCUGCUGCUGCUGCUGCUGCGCAGUGGGGCAGCUUUUUAGACCAAAUCAUUGAAACCCCAGAAGCAGCAGCAGCAGCAGCAGCAGCAGACUUGGGGGGGACUGCAACUGAAGGCAAUGAGCUGCUGCUGCAGCAGCAGCAGCAGCAGCAGCAGCAGCAAAGCCCCUGGGAAUCCAUUUUGCGGAAAGACGCAGCAAAUGAUGCAGCAGAUAUCCUUUUGAAGUAUACGGACAUCGAGGUGGCCAGGUUUCGUCCCCAAACGCCACCGGCUCCUGACUUGGAGGACGUGAGCCUAGGGUUUAGGGUUUAG